UAUGUUCUUAUGUUCUUAUAUAUAACACAAUAGUUUAUGUGUCAAACCGGAAUCUGGUGGGCGGCAGGCCGGAAGAGAUUUCAGAGAAGGUCUGUACUUAGCCGCCCACUUUUUAUUUGUGAAAAUUUCCAAAAAGUUUUAGGGGCGGAGUCACUGAAAAGCUUUAAAUACCAGAAAACACCAGCCAGUGCUCCAGAACAAGCAUAUCACUGCUGAAAGGAAUAGGUGAUCCCGUGUACUAAAUAAAACGAGUCAGAAUUUCAUUUACAGUGCGUUACAGGUGUAAUCGCAAGACAGGUAUGACCAACUCAACAGCGGCUUCUGCUGCCUCGGGUCUGUGUUACCCCGGGCCAGGGGUACCCGAAGUGUUCACCUUCGAUCCCAUACCCGAGCCCCAAACUCGGCAGCAUGUCUCUCGAUUAGGGAGAAACGGAAAGGCGAAGAAAGUCCUGUACCCAGCAAUGACAAAAAAACGACUCCCGGUUGCCGAGGGACGCAGCACCGUUCAGAAAUUGCUUUUCGUGUUGCUGGCAGUCGUCUGCUUUCAGAUAUACUGCGCCGAGGAGUCAGUGUGUGCAGUCGGUGAGAGCAGCCAAGCUGAGGAGGCGAGCACUCCAUCUAAACUGGCCUGCGAACAAGACCUACUAAUCGGGGAGACGCUACUGGAAACUCCGGCUGAAGAGGACGUGCUAAGAGAUUUUGCUGCUCAGACCGAGAGAAGAAGCCGGAUUCUGCUGCUUGUGGGUGUCUCACAGUACAUUAGUGAGAUGAAAGGCAAGCAGUAGACCCUUUUCAGUAAUUAGGGGAGCGAGAUGAACUCUACCCGGUCAUCAGUGUGCCACGCAUGCUUGGCCCGGGCAAAUUAAGGACUCCCGAGUAUUUAAUUGGAAUCCGAGAUUUAUAGCCUGUUCUGAUGUCUGCUAGAAGUGUGCUUCUGUGACACCAAAGAGAAGUUAUGAAAGACGCAGAGUUUAACUACUUCAAUUUUAAGCAAACGCAUUUUUAAAGGCACGUGGUUAUUUAUUUUAAAUCCUAUUUAUUUAAAAAAAAGUUAAUGUAUUUUUUAUUUAUUUUUAUUUAUUUAUUUGUCUGUCACUGAAGUAUGGCAUCUCCUGAUUUGUUUCAUUUUAAUAGCAAUCAAUUGUAUGUAAAACAAUUUAUUUUGUAUCAAGUGGCAACGAUACAUACCUGUUAAUUGAUUGAUGCUUGAACAUUAUUUUAGCAGUGUUUUGGGGGAGGAGCAGUGACCUGUUAUUUAUUUAUAACAAUUAUAUUUAAUGUGUGUGUUUUAAGCUUGUUUGGGGUGUACAAUGUAAUUAUACUUACUGUGUAAGCUGCUGUUUCUGUUAGAGACACUGUCUGGUCAUCGGCUUAUUUCUGGGCUGAAUCCUCUGUUCCUUUUAAUGUUUUCAAGGUCUGGAAACAUAGCCUGCUGUAUGUUCUAUGAACAACUAAAUAAAAACAAGGUAUUUGAAUAUAUUGUGUGCUGUGAACGUCCUGGGUAAAUUCAAACAUCUUUCUAAUUUUUAAACUAGUAUAAACUUGAGAGACCAAGUCCUCUGGCCUCGGACACAGAGCAGAGACACAAGCUGUGUUUAGCUUCUCUACAGCGCCUUGUGACUUUUUAAAGUCUCUCCCACAAUCAUAAGAGGCUGAGUUGUGCUCCUCUCAAAUCAGUGAUGUUCCAAGUUAGAUUAGUGGUAUAAUAAUGAUACACUAGGGUGUCUAUAUAUUUACUAGUUUAACCAGGACAGAAUCUGUGAGAUGUACAUCAAGAUAAAGCAUUCAAACAGGACCAAACCCCACCCCCACCUUUUUCAUAAACACAGCGAUCCAAUAAUAAAAGCUUGAGGGGGAAGAAAAAAAAAAAAAAGACGAUUGCAAUUUACACAGGAUUCUGGUCGCUGGUGGUAUGUAAAGGAUUUGCAACCCUGGUUAGAUUUUAAAUAAAUAAUCUGAUUUCAAAAAGGUGGUGCGAAAAGGCAAUUCAUUCUAAAGAUGCCUGAUAUACAAAGGCACAGAUGGCCCAUAUUUGAGCUCAAUUUAAGGAUUUUUAAAAGUAGGCACAUCACUUACAUAAAAGUUCCCAAACUCCACAAACAGCAAUUCAAAACCAAGUUAAUAUUUUAAAUGACUCACUCUGG